UUUGACUGUCAGUUUUGUUUCUGUCGAAUCUUUGAUGAAAGUGAAUCUGUAAUCCAUACCAAGCAAAAAUCACCAAACCAGGCGUCCUGAAGAGAGCAUUAAUAAGAGCACAGGUUAUGCGCCGCGACAUAAAGAUUAGAAUGGAUUUUGAGAGCUUAUUCGUUUAGAAACAGCAACAUGCAAAGCCCUCCCACAGCUGAAUCAUUUCUAGACGCGUCUUUGAAACACGGACCUCACCCUUUUCUCGUAACUGAGGGGAAUCCCGGCGAACCGGACAGAAGAGACUCAACGAGCUUCAAAGCUUCAAUAUUCUGCAGCUGAUCUCAUUUAAAGCCGUGCAUUGACCAGACUGUCAUCAGUGAAUCCAAACCUACACCCUUCCUCUUUUUCUGCUGCCUUCCUAUCCUCUUAUUUGCUUUAUUCAGUAAGAACGGCCAUAAGUUAUGUCGGUUUGCAUAAUGACACACGGCUUGCCAUUGCAUGAACUUCCUCAAAGCUCUCAUGCUGAUCUUUUGCACUGAAGCGCUGCCCUCAGACGACCCGCGCUCUCUUUUCAACUAAAAUCCCGUGUAAGUCCUCGUCGUCUCACCCUACGCUUCCUUUACUCUAUUGACUAUGUUUUGAAUGCGACGGACUGAUAUUAUGAUCAUAUUAGCUUGCAGUCUGCUACGUAACAAGCACAAACGCAUUAAUAUCCAGACAUAAAAACUGAAAGUGAUCCGGCGAAAAGUGGAACUGAUAUCAGCUUUGAGCUGAUGACAGCGUGCGUGCUACAUUUUUUUUUUCUGUUGUACGAAAUUAAGUUGUCUGUAUACAGUACGAGAUAGUUUUUACGUAUUGCAUGCGCCUUCUGCAGUUUAUAUCCUCGAAAGGAUGGAGAAGAAUGGAGGAAAACCACGCCAGCAGCAUUAUGGGCUGGUUUCGUCAGCGUUUUGGAAAACAAAGGAAUGAUUCGGACCAAGUCAAAGCAUGUAAACGUUCUCAGGCGUGCUCCUCCAGACCCCCCGACCCCCCGGCGUGCUCCUCCUCUUCCUCCUCUUCCUCCUCGGAUCAGCCUCUGCCCUGGGCGCUCUCCUCCUCCUUCCGCUCCUCUCUUACAUAUGAUGUUUUCGUGUGUCACAACGAAGAGGACGGCGACCUAGCGCAGGGCCUGGCCUCGUUCCUGGAAGCCCCGUCUAAGGGCCUGCGCUGUUACCUGCAGGAGCGGGACUGUCCAGCAGGAGGCGCCGUGUCCAGCGAGCUGCUGCGGGCCGUCCAGGACAGUCACUGCUGGCUGCUGCUGGUCACUCCAAACUUCACGAGGGACGAGUGGUGCUCCUAUCAGAUGCACCAGGUCCUGUCUGAAGGGCCCAUGUCACAGAGGAUCAUCCCGGCCGUGCUAAACAUGCCCAGAUCACAGAUCCCGCUCGAGCUGCGCUUUCUCUACACCGUGGAUCUGAACGCGAGCAAAGAGUUCGGAUACGCUCUAGUCUACAAGGCCGUGCUUCAGUAUUUGAAGGACAUGUCUGAGAAGGAAAAGCCCAGCGGUGCAUCUCAGUCUGACGUCUCCAACCGUCAGCAUUCGUCGCAUUGACCGCGAUGACAAGAUUCCUCACUUCCAAGAAGUGACGUUAGAUAUGAAUGUUGUUUCGACUUACACGUAUAGAACAGACACUACUUUUCUAACGUUUGGUGUCAGUAGGUAAAGGUUAUUUACCUGAGUCUAGAAGUCUUUUCUUUGAAAAUCUGCAUUUAUUUGCCACAAAAAACAGUAAAAAUUUAAAUAUCAUGAAAUUUUAUUACAAUUUAACUUAACGGUUUUCUGUAUUUUAUUUUAAAUAUGUA